AUGAGCGGGAGGACGCCCCCCAGGGAGCGGCUCACCUGAGGCCCCAGCAUGCAGGCCUGCCCUCCGGGGCCCAGCAGCUGGACCAGGUGAAGGCGGAGUAUGCCCGCCUCAGCCUCGUGCUCGCCGCCGUGACCCGAGAGCGCGACCUGGCCGUGUGGGAGAAGUGCCUGCUGCGAGCCAAGCUGGAGAACCUAGAACAGGUCCUCAAGCACAUGCGAGAGGCUGCUGAGAGGCGGCAGCAGCUGGAGUUGGAGCAUGAGCAGGCCCUGGCUGCUCUCAACGCCAAGCAGCAGGAGAUCGACCUUCUGCAGAAGGCUCAGGUUGAAGCUAAGAAGCAGCAUGAAGGCGCCGUGCAGCUGCUAGAGAACACCUUGGAGAGCAUGCAGUGCAAGGUGCGGGAGCUGGAGGACAAGUGCCGGGCGCAGAGCGAGCAGUUCAGCCUGCUGUCGCGGGACCUGGAGCGGUUCCGGCAGCACGCCGGCAAGAUUGACCUGCUGGGCGGCGGCCCCGGGACCUCCCUGGACGUCCCCUCGCCCCCCGGCAAGCCCUUCCCGCGGUUCAUGAACGGCCUGGCCCCCUCCAUCGGCUCAGGCCAGGAGAGCGCCUUCGGAAGCCGCACUGCCGCCGGGGACUACGUCCGGCCCCUGCCGCUGCCCGGGGACAGGCCGGAGCCGCUGUCCGUCAGGCCCACCUUCCUGUCGAGAUCGGGAAGCCCGAGAUGCAGACUUGAGUCAGACAUGGACAAUGAGCGGAACGCCAACCCCUCCAGGCAGAGGUACUUGGGGAAGGUGCACCUGUGUGUCGCCCGCUACAGCUACAACCCCUUCGACGGCCCCAAUGAGAACCCGGAGGCCGAGCUGCCGCUCACGGCGGGGAAGUACCUGUACGUGUAUGGGGACAUGGACGAGGACGGCUUCUACGAAGGGGAGCUCCCGGACGGGCAGCGGGGCCUGGUGCCCUCCAACUUCGUGGAUUUUGUCCAGGACAGCGAGUCCCGAUUAAGUGCCCUGGGGACCGAGCUGGGCCGGAACCUCAUCAACCACGCCGGCCUGGGCCUGGACGGGGAGAGCAUCCUGGACCUGAACUCGCCCACGCCCCUGGACGCGGGCGUCCCCGACGACGGCGUGGGGACGCUGGACGUGAACAUCGACGACGUCGGAGAAGACAUCGUGCCUUACCCCCGGAAAAUCACCCUCAUCAAGCAACUCGCCAGAAGUGUCAUUGUGGGCUGGGAGCCCCCGGCCGUGCCGCCGGGCUGGGGCGCCGUGGGCGGCUACACCGUGCUGGUGGACCAGGAGCCGCGCCUGCGCCUCCCGCUCGCGGGCAGGACUAAGGCCCUCAUCGAGAAGCUGAACGUGGCGGCCUGCACCCACCGCGUGUCCGUGCAGUGCGUGACGAGCCGGGGCAGCUCGGACCAGCUGCGCUGCACGCUGCUCGUGGGCAAGGACGUGGUGGUGGCCCCCUCCCAGCUGAGGGUGGACGGCAUCACCCAGGUCUCCGCCCGGCUCUCCUGGCUGCCCACCAACAGCAACUACAGCCACGUCAUCUUCCUCAACGAGGACGAGCUGGACGUGGUCCAGGCGGCCCGGUACCAGUACCAGUUCCUCAGCCUCAGGCCCAACACGGCCUACAAGGUCAAGGUCCUGGCCAGGCCCCACCAGAUGCCGUGGCAGCUGCCCCUGGAGCAGAGGGAGAAGAAGGAGGCCUUCGUGGAGUUCUCCACGCUGCCCGCAGGCCCUCCGGCUCCCCCCCAAGAUGUCACGGUCCACGCAGGGGCCACACCAGGGACCGUCCACGUCUCCUGGAAGCCGCCGGCCCUGACCGCCACCGGGCUGUCCAAUGGGGCCAACGUCACGGGCUACGGCGUGUACGCGAACGGGCAGAGGGUGGCCGAGGUCAUCGCCCCCAUGGCGGACGGCACGGCCGUGGAGCUGGUGCGGCUGCGGAGCCUGGACGCCAAGGGAGUGACCGUGCGGACCCUCUCUGCCCAGGGCGAGUCCGUGGACUCCGCCCUUGCCGCCGUCCCCCCCGACCUCCUGGUGCCUCCAGCCCCCCCAAGAACUGCUCCCACACCGAAGCCAUUAGCAAGUGCCGGAGUCCCCGAUACCAAAGAUGACCGCCUGGGCCCCUGCGUCAAGGUGGACGAGGCCUGGGAGCAGGGCCGGGCGCCCCCCCACGGGCACGGGCUGGAGCCCCCUGGCCUGCAGGGGGGGCGGUCGCCUUCGCCCAGCCGGACCCUCCCGCAGCCCCAGGGGGCCCCCGUGUCCACCUCCGUCGCCAAGGCCAUGGCCCGGGAAGCCGCACAGAGAGUGGCCGAGAGCAGCAGGCUAGAGAAAAGGAGCGUCUUCCUGGAGAGGGGCGGCCCGUAUGCCAACUCAGAUGAGGAGGACGGGGACGAGUGUCCAGAUGUCAGGCGGAGGGGUGCCUCGGUGGACGACUUCCUGAAGGGCUCCGAGCUCGGCAAGCCGCCCCACUGUUGCCAUGGAGACGAGUACCACACGGAGAGCAGCCGCGGCUCUGACCUCUCGGACAUCAUGGAGGAGGACGAGGAGGAGCUGUGUUCGGAGAUGCAGCUGGAGGGCGGGGGCCGGCGGCGGCCCAGCGGCACGUCCCACAAUGCCCUCAAGAUUCUAGGCAACCCCGCGUCUGCAGGACGGGCCGACCGGCCGGACUCCGUGGGCCGCAGGUUUCCGCACGGCGGCGCCGGCCCCCAGAGGUCCCGGCCAGGGACGGGCCCCUCCACCAUCGAUGAGUACGGCGACCGAGACCGGCUCUCCCCCGACUUCUACGAGGAGUCCGAGACCGACCCCGGCGCCGAGGAGCCCCCGGCCCGCAUCUUUGUGGCCCUGUUUGACUACGACCCCCUGAGCAUGUCCCCGAACCCCGACGCUGCGGAGGAGGAGCUGCCCUUCAAGGAGGGGCAGAUCAUCAAGGUCUACGGGGACAAGGACGCCGACGGCUUCUACCGCGGCGAGACGUGCGCGCGGUCCGGCCUCAUUCCCUGCAACAUGGUCUCCGAGAUCCACGCCGACGACGAGGAGAUGAUGGAGCAGCUCUUCAGACAGGGCUUCCUCCCUCUCAACACGCCCGUGGAGAAGCUGGCAGAGCGGACCAGAAGAGGCGGCAGGCAGCACCCCGUGCCCACGCGCAGGAUGGUGGCCCUGUACGACUACGACCCGAGGGAGAGCUCACCCAACAUCGACGUGGAGGCGGAGCUCACCUUCUGCACAGGCGACAUCAUCUCCGUGUUCGGGGACAUUGAUGAAGACGGGUUUUACUAUGGGGAGCUCAGUGGGCAGAAAGGCCUGGUGCCCUCGAACUUCCUGGAAGAAGUGCCUGACGACGUGGAGGUCUACCUCUCGGACGCCCCCUCCCCCCACGCGCGGGACACGCCGGCGCGCGCCAAGGCCAAGCGGGUUCCUCCCGAGGGGUCGGGGACAGCAAGGAGAGCGCCGUCCCCCACGGCCCACCUCCACGCGGGGUCACCUGCGUCGUCUCUGGGUACUGGGAGUCCCGGGAGAGGCAGGGAAAUGUCCUCGAGAAAGAAAAAGGGGCUGCUUUUCAAGGGCAAGAGACUGCUGAAAAAGCUGGGCGCGGUGAAGUGACCACGGCUGCGACGGCUCCGACCCCCGCGGGUCUGUGACCCCAGACGAGGGCUCUCACCACUGCUCUCCCAGGACCCCCCCCCCCCCGACCCCGCGGCGGGCGCUGCCCCUCCGCCCACCCGCCUCAGAGGCUGCGGCCCCCUGGCGGUCACCGCCCAGGUCUCGUGGGAGGGCCCCCCGACGGGCCAGACCCCGGCAGCCCCCACACCGGGCCCUAGUCUUUGUGCACUUGUCGUCUGCCCUAUGGGAGCGGCUCCCCCCUCCUCCCUCCCCAGUGCUUGCCCCACGCGCGGGACUGUCACCGAACUCUGGUCCUGAGGCCUCUAGUCGGGCCGCCUUGGUGUUCUGCCUUACUCCUGCACAACGGUUUGUACUGUCUAAUAAAACUUCGCUGUCCGC